UGUCAAAUGUCAAACGCAAAGCGGAAGUUACUUGCUUGUGUCAAAGUGGCGUCAGAGUUCUUUUCGUUUUAAGGUCUCCUGAGCGAAAGUUGUGUUUUUCGGUGCAUUUCACGUUUCGCGUCAAAAUCUAAAGACUUAAACAUGCGUUACGUGGCUGCAUAUUUGUUGGCUGUACUCGGUGGACAGGAAAGUCCCUCCAAUGCCGAUUUGGAGAAAAUCCUCAGCUCGGUUGGUAUUGAGGUUGAUGGCACUCGCCUCACCAAAGUCAUCAGUGAGCUCAAGGGUAAAUCCAUUGACGAUCUGAUCAAGGAGGGCAGGGAGAAGCUCUCUUCAAUGCCUGUCGGUGGUGGUGCUGCCGCUGCUGCGGCACCAGCCGGUGCUCCAGCCGCUGCCGCUGGUGCAGACAAGAAGGAUGCCAAGAAGGAAGAGAAGAAAGAGGAGUCCGAGUCGGAAGAUGACGAUAUGGGCUUUGCUCUGUUUGAAUAAACCAGCAUCUCUACUUCAGUCGUAUAUAAACGUGCUAAAACAUGCAGCCACAACUGCUAGCAACAGUUGCACCAUCACCACCAAUAACUUGAUAGGUCGUCAGCAAAACAUCGCAUUGGAACAACGACGAUCCACUUUAAAUGCUAUUCAAAUUUUGUUUUCACAACUGAGAAAAUAUUAAAACACAAAUUUUGAAACAUUCAAGCAUUUAUUUCUGUGAAAUAAAAA